AAUCGUAGGCUGCACUGGCGGUACAGGCGAGAACGAGCACUACCCCUUGUGGUUCCGCUGCCGUGAAGGCUUUCUGUAUCGUUGCGGAGAAUGCGAUCAAAUAUUCAUGCAUGUUCGAGUUCUUUACUCUCUUCCCGAUGGGAAGGAUCCGUUCCCGCUUGAUCCGGAUGUGAGCGACGUGUUCAGCCUCUCUGCGCUCGAAAAGGCACAGCGGCAGUGGAAUAGUGGGGAGUAUAUCAUGUGGCCGACAGGGGAGGAGGCCUACAGCCGGCUGUUUCUGCAGGGCAAGCUGGGCAACACCGUGCCGGAGCAGCUCGCUGAGGAGCUUAAGGCUGUAGAGUGA